ACUAAAGUAGCACUUACAACAUUUUUUGUUUCCUGUUUUGCAUUGCAAUCUAGGACAGGUUCUCAUGUCACAAGAAAGCCGGAAAAAUGGAUUCACAAUAAUUAUAUGGAAUGCAACAGAUAACAACAAAACAACAUCCACUGAAAGCAGUUGUUCCUAGAAGGCAACUUUAAGUAAUUUAAUCCAUCAUCUAUAACCACUUGUCCAGGCAGGGUCGUAGGGGAGCUUGUGCGUAUCUCCAGUUGUCAUUGGGCAAGAGGUAGGGUACUCCCUUGACCUGGCAAUCUGUAUCAAGACUUGAAAAUUGCUGUUUGCAGUGGUUCAGCAUCUAAUUUCACUGAGCCUGAGCUAUUUUACAAAGUGAAAGAAAAAGUAACUCCAGUCUUAGUUACCAGUCUUACCAGAUUAGAAUUCAACAGAAGCUGUUAGUCCAUUCAACAGUUUGUCGUUUAUUUGUUGUGUACAGUUUCCAGCAGAGAACAGUAAGGCUGAUAUGUUUUAUGAGCUGCUUUAUGAGUGAAUGUAUCGACUCAUUAAAACUCAAGAGCUGUAAAAGGACUUUUGGUUGAGACGUUUCUGUAUUGAAACUGUAUUGAGUUCAAGUUUGUAUCCAGCUUUAACUAGUUUAGUGACAGUGCUAAUGCUGAAGCCAGAUUUGCCAGCUAGAUAAAUGUAUUAACCCCUGAUACACCUGUUGCUAAGGACAGCAAAUCUGACCUAUGGUUGUCAAGAAAUUUUUUUACAUGCCACCUCAUUAGAAAGAAUUUUAAAGGCUUGCUAAUAUUUCAGCAACAUUUUUACAUCUUAAUAUCAAAUCACUUCUUAUAUUUUUAUUUCGCUUUGCAUGGGAGAGAAACCAGGUGAUCAUAAAGUGAUGUAAGAAGUAAUUACAAUUCAACUAAUUUGGUUAAGCAAGUAGACACUGUGAACAUUUAUGUUCUUUUAACAGUAAAUUUCUGUAUUUGCUGCAUUUCUUUACUGUUGAACCAUUCUACAGCAUUUGUCUGUAGACUUCUCUGCAGUAUUUUCAGUAGUUCCUUAGUUUCUGUACUGCUUAAUAUUUGUGAAUCAUGCUACUGUAGGUUCACAUGGCAUUCUAAGCUACUGUAAUUUAUAUUAUAGUGAUAUUAACACAUCUGGAACAAAAAAAACGAAAAUAAAAUGGACUAAUACCCAUGACUGGAAUGUUUUGAGUGGGAUAUUCAUGAUUGUUAUUCUUCAAUUUUUACAAAAGUCAAAAACUGUUUCUUCUGAAAUAAUGAUAAAAGUUGCACAAAAGAACUAUAACAUGAAUUUUAGUAAUUAUUUGAAGCUCUUUAACACGUCUAUAAAUUACUGUUGUUUUAUUUUGUAAUAAAAUCAUCUUACUGUUAUUAGUUGUACAGUUCUGAUACCCCACUGUUACAUUAAUUUUGCUUAUAAUUAAAGAGAUACUGGAUUUUGUCAGUUGCUGUUAUUUUGUCACAACUGUUUUAUUGAUUACAUUUUAUCAGUUUGUUUUAUGCAAUAGCUUUUCCACACAUAGCUGUGUUGUUAUUUAUAGUACAUUUUCUAGAUUUCUUCGCAGUUGCUUGGAUUGCAUCCCAAUAAGCUUCAUUCCGUUUGUAAGUUAUUUCUUGUUUCCAGUUUGCACCUCCUUCCUGGUCCCUCAAAUCUCCUCUUCUCCACCAACAUCUCUCCUCCUGUUUUCUUCCCACAGGCAGCAGGCUACUUUCAGCACCGGACAGCUCCCGUUGUUCCCACGCCCCGCCCACCCCCUGCAGACUGACACUGAGAAACAACCACACACAGACACGCAAGCACACGCCGUGGGCGACCCUUCAGAUCGCGUGUUGGGGUUUUAUUUGGAGGGACUGAAGUUCAAGAACAUUUCGCUCCGAUCUUCGUCGUCCUGCUCCUCUUCCACUGUUUUCUUUUUGUUCAGAGUAGCAGCAGUGAGAGGAGGUACAUCUCCAGGCUCUGAUUGAGUUGCGACCAGGCGAGAAGUAUUUGUAGAUUUAACGGAGCUCCGAGGGUUUCGUGUAUUUUUGGACAGCCGCUGUGUGAAAGUCCGCUUUCCCCGAAGCUCCGACCAAAAGUGGGGGGAUUCCUGUCGCUCUUGACGACGUCAUGGAUGUAAAAUUCAGGACCUGCUGCGGCGUGUGUCUGACAUAGUAUUCCUAAUCGUAGCACCGAGCGAGAGGCUUUGGCGAUGAGCGCAGUUUGCCAGGUGCCGGCGGUGUCCCCUCUGUGCCUGUGAGGAACAACCAUGGCUCUGAUCCUCCUCCCGCUGCUUCUGCAAACAGCGCUCGUUUUGGGAUCAAACUACGGAUACGUGGAGUGGUCGGAUAAUGACAGAGACGAGAAGUACCCGCCAGUGUUCAGCACGCAGAGCAACAACAAGGAGCCGCCCCACCAACCCACUUUGUACCCGCUACAGCCGACAGAGCGCACGGUGGUGGCGCACAAAAUAGAGGAAGACCUCCCCAGGGUGGUGACGGCUUUCCUGCACACCGGGGACUCCUCCGCGCUGAGGCAGGUCAACUGCUCCCGGAGGUACGAGCUGAGCAGCCUGCGGGGCGGCCUCCAUGUCGCCUCCCACUACUCGCUACAUAGCGUCCUGGACACCGUGGCGCACGCCACCAACUUCCUCAACAUGAUCCUGCAAACGAACAGGUCCCGCGAGCGAACCGUUCAUAGGGACAUGCACUGGUACCACGCGUUGGUUCAGAGCAUCCUGGAAGGAGACCCAAAAAUCCACAGGGCGAUGGUGACCCUGCACACCGACGCCACGUCUCCCGGUCCCCAUGUUUUUCUCCAGGCGACCAGAACCGAAAAUGAGGUGAGGUUGCAGGACCUCUCAGGGUCCGCGCACCGUCAACUGACGAACAGAAGUCCGGAGUCUGACUGGUUCCACGACUUUAGGGACGGGAGAAGACCACAGGCCCACAGAAGCGUCCCCGAGAGCUCGGGCUCCAACAGUGGGAGUUACCUUCUGAACAAGAACCAGAUCAAAUGGUCCGCCCCGUACCUGGAGUGUGAACAUGGGACUUUCGUGCCAUAUUGGCUGCUCACCUUGUCUGCUGGUUUUUAUGGUCUGAAGAGCAACUCUGCACCAGAAUUCAGGGGGGUGAUUCGUGUGGAUGUGAACCUGCAGGGUGUGGAUAUUGACCAGUGCUCCAACAGUGGCUGGUUUGGUGGGACUCAUCGCUGUAAUCUCACCAGUAUGGAGUGCACUCCCAUCGGCGGCCACGGAUUUGUGCUGGACAAAUACAAGUGCCACUGCAGGAAAGGAUUUUACCAUUCGAGCCGAGUGGCGCUCAAUGGCUUUAAAAACAGGGAGCAGAGCUCUUACAGAGAUGAGACCUCUGACAUGUCCAACAAGUGCCUGCCGUGCAGGGAGGGCUGCCCAUACUGCCAGGACGACACGCCCUGCCUGGUGCAGGAGGAUGGGGGUCUGCGGCUUACUGUGGCCUCCUUCCAGGGUCUGUGCAUGAUGCUGGACCUGGGGAGCAUGCUUGUGAUUUACCACUCCAGGAGAAACAAGAGCAUCCGUACAUCUGGUCUCAUUCUGCUGGAGGCCAUCUUGUUUGGGGCGUUACUGCUGUACUUUCCAGUGAUGAUCCUGUACUUCAAUCCUAGUGUGUUUCGAUGCAUUCUCCUGAGGUGGGUUCGCCUCCUGGGAUUUGCCAUCAUGUACGGCACCAUCAUCCUCAAGCUGUACAGGGUGCUAAAGGUGUUCCUGUCCCGCACGGCCCAGAGGACGCCAUACAUGACCAGCUGGCGUGUCCUACGGCUGCUGGCGGUGAUUGUCCUUAUUGUGCUGUGGUUCCUGGUGGCUUGGACCUCUGCUGUGUGCCAGAGCCCAGAGCUGAGUCGGAGUCUUAUAGUCGUAGGCUUCACCCCUGAGGGACUGCAGUUCAGUAUGUGCCUGUUGGACCGAUGGGACUACAUGAUGGCAGUGGCUGAGUUCCUGUUCCUGCUGUGGGGAGUGUACUUGUGCUAUGCCGUCCGCACCAUCCCCUCUGCUUUCCACGAGCCACGUUACAUUGCUGUGGCGAUCUACAAUGAGCUCCUUAUAUCGGCCAUCUUCCACAUCAUCAGGUUCUCUGUGGCUCCUGGGCUGCACCCCGACUGGAUGCUCAUGUUGUUCUUUGCUCACAUUCAUUUGACUGUGACUGUAACCUUGGGGCUGCUGCUCAUUCCAAAGUUCCUGACAAAAGGUACUCAGGCCCGAGACGAUAUUGCCACUGAGGCCUACGAAGAGGAGCUGGACAUGGGAAGAUCUGGGUCAUACCUCAACAGUAGCAUCACGUCUGCUUGGAGCGAGCAUAGCUUGGACCCAGAGGAUAUACGGGAAGAGCUGAAGAAGCUGUAUGCCCAGCUGGAGGUCCACAAAAGGAAGAAGAUGCUCGCCAACAACCCUCACCUUCAAAAGAAGCGCAACUCAAAGAAAGGGCUGGGUCGUACUCUAAUAAAAAGGAUAACGGAGAUCCCAGAGACCAUGCACCUACAUCGCCAGUACAGCCGAGAUGAAGGCAGUGAGCAUGGCAGCAACCGUGGCACAAUGAGGAGAAACCAGCUAGAGGCGAGCUAUCAAGGAAAACCUCGAGAUGACUCCCUGAAGAACAAGGUGACAGGACUGACAAAGUCACUCAGCUUUGACCAUGUUUGUGAGCAGGAUGCAGAAACUGUGAGCCAAACUGGCUCGGUUCCAGGAGACAAAAUUACUCCUGUGGGAAGCGGAGGAGAGGGAUCUCUCCUAGGUUCCCUCAUUGGUCGCAGAGCAACCAAGAAGCAGCUGGAACCCGUCGGGACUUUGCCGAGGCUGGAGCCGGCCGAAUCCACCGAGUCUGUUCCGCUCUUCUGGAAGUCGGCCAGCGCUCACAACCUCACUCACGAGAAAAAACCCAUCCACCUGCGGACUUCUAUUAUGCAGAAGUCUCUGAGCGUGAUUACAAGUGCUAAGGAAAAGAUGCCGGGACUUUCCAACAAGACUCAAAGUGUGGAAGAUGCCAGUAAGAAGGGUCAGAAGGGACUGGAAGAGAGAACUCUAUCAGAGGUGGAUGAGACGCCUGAACAUUUCCCAAAAAUGAUCAUUAGCCAAUCAGUGGAGUACUCCAAGACUCCCAUGAAGAUGGGAAUAAUGAAACAACAGGUGAGUGGCAGCCAGCCAUCCAUUUGCUCUGAGACAGGAAGGAGCCUGUAUGACGUAUCUGAGGCUUGUCCCUGGGAGCUGGAUGAAGCUCAGACACCUUCUGAGGCAAAGACCCAGAAGCAUGUGUCUAUUGCUCCUGUAGAACCCGCCGCAGGCCGGAGAGGCAGCAGCAGUUCAGGAACCGCAAAAGUUAGUCGGUCUCAGCAGAGGCAGAAACAUGGGCAGUCUCCAUCCAACAAACGGCGCUCCAAGGAAAAAGGAGGAGAAAGGGAGGAAGGAAGGGAGGUGAGGAAAUUUCGGCCACCCAAAUCACCUCUCCCUCUCAAGCUGGACGUAUGCCCCUGGGAGUUCGAUGAGCAACCUGUGGUGGGAGGAGAUUCUUACUCCAUCUCCACUGACAUGAUCAGGAGGAAGAAAAGUGUCACACCAACUGAUGGGAAACCUAAAGGGCUCCACUCGGACCACUCCAAGUCCACAGGGAGCCUCUUACAGCCCCCAACUCUGAUGGUGGAAAUCUGCCCGUGGGAUUACGGAGGCCCACUUUCUCCCAAGCAGGAGAAGACCUGCAGCAGUCCCACUACACACAAGAAACGAAAGAGCUCCUCCUCAUCCAACCACAAAUCUGAGAAGGAUCAAGCAAGGGAGAAAAGCAGGGAGAGGCGGGGCUCGUCCAGCAAGCCACCAUCAGAAAGGAGACGGGUCAGCCAGUCAUCAGAAGGUGGGGUGCCGGUAUCAGAGCGGCGGAGAAGCUCGACCAGAGACGCAGAGGUUUUCUCCCGUGACACAGAGUCCUUCCAAACACACCUCGCUCAGACUAAAAAAUCCCCUGAAAAAAAGAAAGAGAAAUCUUUGCGCAGUAGUUACAAAUCUGCAGUUCUAAGCAGCACAAAAAUGGUUGAUGUUUGCCCCUGGGACUUUCCAGAUAAAGAUUCAGGCGAGAGGGCAUGAUGACUGCUGGAAUGAUUUCAUCUUUUUGUACUCCCUGACUAAGAGCUCAGAGAACAAAGAGAAGCUGAAAAUAUACCAGUGAAUUUGGUAAAAGGUUUUUUCUUCAUGUCAUCUUAGUAAAAAGGGUUUUGUAAGCCCUUUUUUUCUGCUGUCCAGACAGACCUAUUUAAACAGCUCUGAAUGCAACCUUGUCACUUUAAAAUUACAUUUGUUUUAUCUACCCACCUGCUUCCACAUCUGUUAGAGUUUGUAUGUUUUAUUACCUUUAACACAUCUUAAAGAUUUGUAAAAGAUUCAUGCCUACACUAGCAAGCCAAGCAGACAAUCAUCCAUCUGUAAAACCCAGCGUGUUCCCAGCCUGAGCUUCCCUCAUGCUGGAAACACAGGCGUGGAACAAAAAGAAAAAACUUCAGGAGAAUAGAAAAUAUGGGCUCAGAGGCUCUGCGACACAGAAGUAAAGCAGCAGACACAGCUACAAUUCCUUUUCUUUGGGCCAAAUGCAUAAUUAAUGGUAUGAAAACUGUCUGUUGGAUCAACCAAUCGUGGGAAAAACAAAGGUUUGCAGCACAGCUAAAUGAGGAAAACUAUGUUUAAUAAAGGUUCUCCAUUUAGAGUGCCUUGCAAAAGUAGUCAUUUUCCUAAAACCUUUCACAUUUUUUCACAUUACAACCACAAACUGGUGCAUUUGUAUUAAGCCCUGUGCCACCAUUUGCCUUCAGAAGUCAACUUAUUCUGGAGGCUCUAGGCUAGAGUUGGCAUGUGUGUAAUUUAAUCUCUGUGUAGUUUAAAUACAGCUGUUCUGUGAAGGCUUCAGAGUUUUUCUUUCAUUCAAUUCAGUUAAUUUAUACAACAAAAUUUGACUCAAGGCACUUUACACAAGACAAACAGAUCCAGUUUAUAUUCAGAAAUAUACAUCCAAAUCAGUUCAAUCAUAUGGACAGACUCAAAGUCGAUUACUUUAUACCGUUCGAUCCUAGUUAUAAAACUCUGCUGUCAAAUUAAGUUAACUAUUCCAAUUAGUAAACGUUUUCUAUUUAGGAAAACCUACGUAUCUGACCUUGCAGCAAUCCCUCAUACUGAGCAAGCACGUGGGUACAGUGGAAAGGAAAACUCCUCUUUAAAAGGAAGAAACCUAUAGCAGAACCUGGUUCUUAUUGGGGGUUUGAGAAGACAGAGCAGACACACAGAAGCCCUGGUUCAGAAAUGCUUUCUAUGUUACAGUAAAGAGUUAGUGGCGGCAGUAGCUCCUGUAGUGGCUUUAAACUCAGCCAUACAUAUAAGCUAUGAACCUGUAGUACAAAGUAUGGGCAAAAGAACAGUACAUAUAGGGCCUGAUCUUCAAAAGAUUUGCGAGCACAAAACCGCACGCAAACCUCUUUGCAUCAGCAAAGUUGAUCUACAAACGAGGUGGUAAUUGGAUUGUGUGUGCAAAAUCAGAGGAACUGUGGGUGCAAACUUUUUUGCGUGUCUGCCUUCAUGAAUAUGCAAAACAUAUGAUAAUGAUCCAAAUGCAAAAUUCUUGGGAGGAGGAUACGCAAAUAUCAUCCCUUACCACUCGCAAUGCGAUUUUCAAAGCCCGAAACGGUUUGCGGGUGCAAAUUUUGCAGGUGCUAACUGGGACGCAAAAAUGUCUGCUGUCACUCUGGCCAGAAGGCGGCAUAGAUAGAAUGACAGAUGACGGGGAGAGAGAAUCUUCUGUACGUGUGCCAACAGAUUUGGGUUGUCAAGAAUAAAAAUAUAAAAAAUAGAUGAUAAUAGAGGAUUUUAUGUAGGAUUAUCGGAGCACUGAUUUGGAGCCAAUCACAAACAGAAGCCAUGAUAUUACUCCUUUGGUAAAACACUUCAUUCAACAUCAUUACAGUGUAACAUCGCUGUUAGUGAUCAUCUGCUGAACAAACCUGAUCAUGGCAGAAUGUGCACAUAAAUGAUCAAGCGCGCACAGCCUGUAAUCGCACAUCAUGCAAGAGACCCACUGUGCUCUGAUGUUGAUAAUAUAAUUAUAAAGACAUUAUAAGGCAGAUUAAAUCCUUCAUUUACAAACUGGAUGCUAAAAUCACCAUUUUAAGGCAGCUUUUGCAUGUGGUGAUAAAGACAGUGUAUGCUUUAACCAUGUCACUACGGACAGUAACGUUAUAUCAUUGGAGGGUAAUCAGAGCUGGAUCCGUUUGAUUACGUUGUUUAAAUGUGAACAUAUGCCAGAGGAGGGUUUUGUUUAUGCAGAUAAAUAUUAUUUUGUGUCACCAAAAAACAAUUUAAACAAUCAAACACAUUGUAUAUUGUUAAAAUAUUGGCAAAACAAACAAAACGAAUUCAGUAAAAUCAUUGGAAAAUCAUUUAUUUUUACGUACAUAAAUGUUUGAGUUAACUUGUUUGCAGGACAGUUAAGAAACGCUAUGUUUAAAAUUAGCAAAGCUGCAACAUACAGAUUGCCAACUCCUACAAAAAUCUAUUUUUAUGUUGCUAAUAUUACGUUCAGGCUUAAAUAUUGUGACUGUUUAUGAUAAACUACGAACUCUUCAAACAUAUGCUUUCAAAAAAACAACUUAACCCGGUGAGUCUCCGAAAAGAAUGAAAAGAUCCAGGGAGACAAAGGAAUUAACAGACAUAUUUAUCUUUUAUAUUGUUAAUAUUGAUUGGCCUAUUUGUUGUGAGUUAUGUCAAGCAAGAUAAGAGAAAUAAUCUCAUCAGAGCAGAGAACAAACCUGCAGUGAGUUGAACAACAAAAUUUAAUUAACUGUAACAGUCCAGAAAAGUAAGAGCCGAACGGAAUGGGAGGAAAAAAUCAUUUAUAAUGAUGCAGCGUAACAAUCCCUGCAUAUUUCUAGCAACACAGCAGAGGAUCUGUUAGCUUUUCCUCUUGUUCCGGCCAGUAGCACACGCAAUAUUUUCAUUUAAAUAGGGCGGUCUGGACUUGUUUUGCACCUGUUAUCCAUCUUUGAAAAUUGCACGCAACACGCCCACUUAUUGUACGUGCAACCCGCUAUUUGGGAUCUUUGAAGAUCAGGCCCAUAGUUAGUGGCUUGUCAGUAUUUAAAACCAUUCAUUUUCCUUCCGCUUCACAAAUAUGUACUACACUGUGUUGAACUGUCAAGCAAAAUCCUGAUAAAACAUAACAAAGUUCAUGGUUGUAAUAUGACAAAAUGUAAAAAUGCGCAAAGGGUAGGAAUACAUUUACAGAGCUCUAUGUACUUUUUUUUUCUUUUACAAAGCCAUUGCAUGUGGUAAAACUAUCCAGCAUCAAAUAACUAAAUGUUUACUGGUGAACAUGUUUUCAAAUAUGACAGUGGGAGUUUAGAUGUUGUUACGUCUGGUAUUUGUUCACUUACAAAGCAUACGCUGCUUUUGAAAUGGUGUGCAUUGCUGUCAGAGUUGUCAACUGCAUUUCAUAUGGCAUGCUGUUUACAGGUGAGCAGUACUGAGGUUGAUAUUUAUUUGCUGUUUACUCUCCUGGCCUGGGUGUCAUAUUUUUAUAUGUAUAAAGAGAAAUUUUCAUCGUAGGCUGUAGUUUUCUACACAUGCAGUGGAAUAACAAGGACCAAAGCUGAAUCUGCCUAUCGUGGAUGUUGUGAAUAAUGUAUUUUGUCCCCUCCCUAGCCCAUUUUGUCUGCUUGGAUGCGCCUCCCCUCAAACCAUUGCACAUAUUCAGUUGCUAAAAUCCCUUUGCAUGACAAUUUUGUUUCUUUCUCUCUAACGGAGUUUGAGUAAUUAAUCAUUUUGGCAUCAUAUCCAACAUAAACAACAACAGUCAGCCUGUCUGUCCUGUGAUCAGCCACCCACCACUGACAGCUCAUGCCACUGUGUCAAACACAGCACUUAGCUCAGCUUCAGGAUGGUUGUGUGUGCAUGAAGACCCCAUAAAUUCACUGUAAGCAUAAAAUAAUCAUUACAUAUUUUAUAAAAUACUUAAAGGAUAUUUUUAAGCACAUUCAUUUACAUUUUAGAUGUUUUUGUCAUGCACUUGAUGUGUUACAUAAAAGGCGAUAUAAGAUGCCUUUUUUGUAAUGGAAUGCCCUCAUUUGCCCACUACACAUUGUUUAAUGCUUGUUAUGCAGUAUAUUGUGGCUCCAACAGCUUACAAAUGGGUGUACUAUCCACAUGGGAUUAUUUAUACAAUGUAUUCUUAUUGUGUUGCAUGUACAUAAAGUAAAUAAUGUUCUCUAUUCUGCAUUAAAGAUUUCUACAAAAGCCAA